UCAGACAGUGCAGGAUACUCAGUAGAAGAGGCUGCGUCUGAAGCACUUGCACUGUAUGGGGGUGAGAUCCUUACUGACGAGGGGGAGGCAGAGCCAAUCAGAAGCCCCCGUGCAGCCUGCAGCUCCCAUCUGUUCUUCUUUGGACUCUACAGCUGCCCCCCUGCUGCCUUUAUUUCUGCCCCCAGACUCAGAACAAAGUCUUCUUUAUACUCUCACCAUGGAAGCAGCGCACAGGAUCUAAUCCCCCCCCCCAUUUCUUUUUUUAACUUUCCUGCAGUCUCCCUGAGUUCCCCUCCUGUUGGUUGUGCAUCAGAUCUUAGAAUGCUCCCCAGGUCCAUGACCUCCUUCACUCUCAAGCAGGACCCCCAAGAUGCCCGGCUAAAGAGCUCCAAGUCCCAGAGAAUUAGCAAGUACAUGGCUGGAAGUGCAGCGCUGAGAUGCCUCCCAGGAGAAACCAUUCAGGAAGAAGCUAUCCGAGUGAAGAAGUGUGUGCACUAUAAUGAUGGACCCCACUAUGUUUUGGGAACCCUGUAUUGCACCAACUACAGAACUGCUUUCAGGACAGAUCACCCUGAUAAAGAUUCUGCCGAUGAGGUGCUAUUUGACAAUGACAAUGACAUCGCUCUGCCGUGCGUCGACAGGAUUGUGGCAGUGUCCGGCCAGACCAAAAUGAAGGCGGUAACAGCCCAGUCCAACCUGAAAUUUAUUCCUGAAAAUCUUCUGAUAUACUUUAAAGGAUUCCGACUCAUGCACUUUCAUUUCAGCAACGACGGACUGCAGCCGCAGGCUUACAAAAUCACAAAAGCCAUCCUCCAGUAUCAGCAGAAGAGCUGCCUGACAAUGAAAAAAAAGAACAACACUGUCCUCAAGAACUUAGAUAACAAACAGGAUGGUUCACCAAUGGAUUUCCCCACGCAGCUUUUUGAGUCUUAUAGUGACUGGGAUAAUGAGAUAGACAGGCUUGGGGCCUCGGCCUGGAGAGUGAGUCCCGUCAAUGAACGAUGUGACACUUCCACCAGUUUGUCCAAGUACAUUGUGGUUCCCUGCAAGCUCCUGGACAAUGACCUGAAGAAGACCUUUGCUCACUUCAACCAGAGGCGCAUCCCUAGGUGGUCUUGGCAUCAUCCUGGGGGAAGUGACUUGCUGAGAUCGGCUGGAUUUGAAACCAACACUGAUCCUGAUAAAGAAAACAUGAGGUCCAUACGGUCCUUGCUGUUUGCCAACCAUUCCCAGUGUGUGAUUGUGGACACGAGUGAAGAACUUCCGUCUGUCUCAGAUAUCCAGCUCUCCUAUGGGAAACUGCGCAGCCUGUGCUUAAACGAUCCCUCUGUAACGGUGUCCGAUGAGAAGUGGCUCUCUAAUUUGGAAGGUACACGAUGGCUGGACCAUGUCCGGCUUUGCUUAAAGAAGUCCAGCGAGGUCUCUGGUUUUCUCAGUGAGGGGAAACGAUCUGUGGUUCUUCAAGAGUCGGAGGACCGUGACCUGAACUGUCUGUUGGCAUCUUUGGUUCAGCUGAUGUCAGACCCUGUUGUUCGCACAAUAUCGGGGUUCCAGAGCUUGGUUCAGAAGGAGUGGGUAUCUGCUGGGCACCCCUUCCUGCAAAGGAUCAAUCCUUUCAAGGAAACGGACAAGGAUGAAUCCCCGGUAUUUCUGCUUUUUCUGGAUUGCGUCUGGCAGCUCAUUCAGCAGUUCCCAAGCGCCUUUGAAUUCACAGAGUCCUACCUGCUAGCGCUACAUGAUAGCACCCUCCAUCCCUUCUGCAGCAGCUUCAUGUACAACUGUCAGUGGGAUAGGAUCAGGGGAUGCCAGCAGAGACAAUUCUAUAGCCAGACAUACACACCUGUCAACGGAUGGCGAGACGUUGUGCGGGACAGGAUUCUGCUUAAUGGAGAUUACAAGGCGGCAGAGGAAGAGAAACCAACUCCCGUAACUGUAUGGCAAUGGGAUCUAUUUUACGAUCAUUUGCGCCGGCAACAGUUCAGGAAUCCAAUUUACCAAAACAAGGAGCGGACCAUGCAGAACGGCAAUGGGAUUAUGGACAAGACAAGUAAGCUGGAUGCUCCCAAUCAGAGCCAGAUGUACCGGCUUUCCAGGGGGUCUCUUGUGCUGCAGUCCCCACUCUUGUCACUUAAGAACAGCGCUGUGUCAAAGAAAGGUGCGCGCCGAUCCCAGUCCUUCGAGAACCUACUGGAUGAAGAGAGGCAGUUCAGGGGUACCAUCAGCACCCAGAAUUCUACCAGCGACCUCCUUCAGCCUCUAUGUGUGGGGCCAUGGGUCCGGCUGUGGAAAAGAUGUUAUUUGCGCUGUACAACUGAAAUGCAGUUGGACCUGCCGCCUCCAUCAGCUGCUGCUUUGGCCAAGGAACUAAAAUCUCUUCUGGAGAAGCUCAAGAACUUUCACAUUACCAAUUGCCAAGAACCUAGUCCCAGCCUUACAAAUCAGACUGGUGGGAACAGCUUCUCGCCUUCCUCUUACGGGUAACGGGCCCAUUCUGGAACUGCUCCAGACAAGGCAAGAACAACGGAGAGCUGACUUGGAAGUGCUCUGGGAGAUUAGUGGUUUGAAUCCCUAUGUCAGCUCCUUGGGACCCAGCAGAAGUCCCAGAAUGCAGUGUCGGCACAAGGAGGCUUGUUUGACUGCUGUAAAGUGAAUGCCGUUAAAGUGCUGUUUAAACAACUCACCAUAUAACCCUAUAAAGGACCAGCCAGGCUAAAACGCAAUGAAUGGAUGAGGGUGUUAUGUAAAGAAGGAAUUUGUGACUCUGUAGCUGAUCUGUAAUUCCCAGCAUCGAUGAGAAUGUACCAGUUUCUGGCCCUGAUAUAUAAUUGACAGGUGCAUAAGUUGCCAUUUUAACAGAACUUAACAUGUAACCAAUGCCAGAUUAAUUAUAGCAGCCCUUGUAAAACAUCACAAGUAUGGACUGGAUUCCUUCAGCUGUUGUACAGUAACUAUCCCAUGAUCCUCUGUUGUCCAAAUGAAAGCCUGGCUAGCUGUGACGUAUCAGAACUGUAGUUAUAACAGCAUAAUGGCAGGAUGUUGUCUAAAUGUGUUCCUGUGGUGCCCUCUUCUGGUGUAAUUCUCUGAUACAACCAGAGUUUAUUAUAUAUGGUAUUAUAUAUUAUAUAUUUGAUUACAUACUGUUCCCUUUGCACUUUGUUUAGUUUCCUGCUGCUCCUAUUAAUUUACCUUUUCUAGGAUACUCCUGCAAUUAAUGGCCGUAUGUCAUGUGCAGCAAUUUGUGACACCAAAAUUUGCCAAAUUGCCUUCCUCCCUCCCUCGUCUGACAUCAGUAGUAAAUAUCAAGGUGCUGACAACGCAUUUUGUGCUACGGCAUUGUCAGCCAUUCUGUGUAAAGUUGAAAUUCUCAAAAGGGCCCUCCUCCCCUGUACCAGUAUUCCUAAGGCAGAGCAGCGGGUUUGGAGGCUACAAUGAUCAGCUGCUUCACUUUUACUCCUUUGCCCACUGGCGGCGAAAAGAAGCACGUGCACCAGAAGCCAAUCUGGUCCUGGUUUCUAAUAUGCAUUCUUCAGAUCAGCAACUGGGGUGCAAAAAUGAAGUGGACAACCUUAGGAAGACUGAUUCUGGGGGGGGGGCAAGGAUAUUUUGGGGAGCGAGACUGUGGCAAUUUGGGAGUGGGCGUCUUUGCAGGGUCCCUAUGUUGAUUAAAGCUGGCCAUAGAAGCAAAGAUAAAGACAUACGAAACAAGGGUUUGUAUAAUUUUCGGACCAUGUGCGGCUUGUCCCAACAUUUUUCGUGCCAUGGCAAGUGGUCGUUUAGUCAAUCGGACAGAUUAUACGUUUUCUGUCGGCUAACGAUAAUAUCUCUGCAUGUAUUGCCUAUCUGACUAUAUCAAUGGGUGACUGUCACUACUAUUUUUAGGACUUUCGUACGAUUGCAGUCUGUCAAUUCAUGGCCAGAACAUCGUCUGAUUUGUUCUUUUUUUCUACUUUACUUAAUCUCAAUGGUUAGUUGUGGGUUGGGAAAUUGCAACAAAAGAUCGUCUGUCGGACAUAAGAACAAAAUCUGCACAUCUAUGACCAUCUUAAGUGGGGGUUAGUUCUCCUUUGAAUUCAUUUUCACCAACACUGUUUGACAAUAUUAGGGGAUGAUUUAUGAAUAUAGGUGCUGCUAAUAGCAACCAAUCAGCAACUGGUUGUCAGUCUACUGCAAGCACACGACUGCUUCUGCAGUGUUCAUAAAUCAGCCCCUUAAUAUCUAUUGCCUCUAUUUCUUUUGAGAUAUAUAUAUAUAUAUAUAUAUAUAUAUAUAUAUAUAUAUAUUUAUAUAUAUAUAUAUAUUUAUAUAUAUAUAUAGAUAUAAUACUUGGUUUCUCAGAAUUGCCCAGAGUAGCAUCAUCUUUUUAUUUAUGCCAUUUUAAUGACUAAAUUAGUUUUAUUACAUGCAGAUUGAUUAUGGCUCUGAAAUUACAAAGAUUAAACUAAGUAUGCAAAAGUAAUGUAUGCCGAUUGCUCUUUGUGAAAUGACACGUACAUUGCUUGGUACAGUGUAAUGAGUUGUACAUAUCCAAUGCAAUGCAAUGUCUCUAUGCAAGUUUCUAAAUGUGAGAUAUUUAUAAUAAACCAUUUCUUUUGUUCAUA